GGCACGCUUGGCAACUAAACCUUUCUGGAGAUUAGCGGCAAGCGUGACGGAAGGAAGCCAUCUGAACUUUUCGGUUUCUGCUGGCUGUUUGAACUGGCAUGCCUCAAUGAUGGAUUCAUCACAGGGAGACUCUGAGCCAUGGUAUUCUCAGCGAGCAUAUGCAAGAUACUGGCAGCAUUAUAACCAAGCCAUGCAGUGGAUGCAUCGGCACCAGAAUGCCUACAGGAAGGCCAUGCUGUCCUUCUAUAAUUCCCCGUGGUAUUUGCCUGCUCUCAUUCCAAAUAGUCGUUAUGCAGACUGGGGUGGGGAGGAUCAGUCAGCCAAGGAGGAUUAUUUCUCUUCCCAUGGUUGGCACAACAGAUCUCAGUAUCCGCGGUGGUCACAGCAGCCUCCUGGUAAUACCCACAGUCGCCAGAGGACCCCAAAAGAUGACCAAGUUUCGUCCACAGAAGAAGAGUCAGAUUCAGAUGGGGAAAUAGAAUGUGAUUUGAGUAACAUGGAGAUCACAGAAGAGCUCCGCCAGUAUUUUGCUGAGACAGAAAGACACAGAGAAGAGUUAAAAAGACAACAACAACUGGAAGCGGAACAUCAGGAUGUUUAUGUAGAAGCUGACCAUGACCUGCACCCAACCACUGGUCGCUCGGUGCAGCCGCCCUCAGAGAGACCAGGAGAGAGGCGAAUGGUAGAAAUGAAGAAACUGUAUGGGGAAAGUGCUGCCAAGAUCCAGGCCAUGGAGACAGCCAUGCAGCUCACUUUUGACAAGAACUGUGAUAAGAAACAGCCUAAGUACUGGCCUGUUAUUCCUCUAAAACUGUGAGCCACAAAAAGCCCCUGGUUGGUAACAAACACCCAGUUGAACUUCCUGGUAGCCAACUUAAUGAACAUAUUGUUCUAUGAACAGAGACUCCAAGGGUUAUUGAUCCUCUUCCCUUCCUCUUUUUAUUUUGGUGCAUCUCUUCCCAAGUUUUUAUCUUUUCUAGCUUUCAAGAAAUGAAAUUUGCUUCCUAAAACUUUGAUCUGUUUUGGCACAAAUACAAAUACAAAAAUACAAAAAGAAAAUUAGCAGAAUGUGGAUGUCUCUUUAUGGUAGAAAGUGAUAACUCCAUUGUUAUAUAUUUCCUUUAAUUUUUAAAAAUUCCAUUGUUCCAAACUAAACUAAUCAGCUUUUGUAGACUUUAAACAUUUUUUGUGUGCAAGAUAUGAAGAUUAUAAAUUUCAAAAUAAUAUGCUAUGAUUUUAAACACAUUUAAUUAUAUUUGCAUACCUAAUUUUGUUUUUUGUAUAUCUCAAAAGUUUUUGUUUCUGUUUGAUAACAUUGACAAAAAAAGAAACCCUUUCAAAAUUAAAAAAUAGUUGUAGGAACACAGUUUCUUAUCUUUAAUUAUAGAAUAUUUGUUAUAAAGUGAGGCACACUACUUUUAGAUUUUAAUCUCCCAUUGCAAAUUUCACAUUAAACAUUGAUAUCUUAUUUGCAUUACAAUGGUAGUAGUGUUGGUCUUUAAUUUGGUAUUCUAUACAAUCUCUGCUCUUAAUGUCAACAACGUAUAAUGUCAGCGAUGCUGGAUCAAGCUCUAGAGUUUUUACUCAUUCAUACUUGAGAUAAAAGCCUUUAUUGAGGUAAUUUUUAUAUUGUAAAUUUGGGAUGAUUUUGUAUUGAGCAUCCAAAGUGUUCACAAGCGCCAUAUAUUUACAACCCAUGUGGAUAGAUAGGAGAUGUUGCUCAUUAGAUUUGGACUACCUUUAUAAAAUAAAAACCUUAUUUCAUAUAGAAAGCAA